AUGUCUCCAUGUCUUCUUUUACCAUGGAAAAACCACAGUUCAGUCACCAGCUUCAUCCUCCUGGGGCUCACCACUGACCCAAAGCUGCAGCUUCUCUCGUUCAUGGUGUUCACCCUAGCCUACAUCACCACCCUCAUGAGCAACAUCACCCUGAUGGUGCUGAUAUGCCAUAGCUUACAGCUCCAUACCCCAAUGUACUUCUUCACUGGGAACUUGUCCUGCCUGGACCUCUGGUAUUCCUCUGUCUACCCCAAGACCCUUCUGAACUGCAUGUCCGAGGACAAGAGCAUCUCCUUUGCUGGGUGUGCCUGCACCAAGUGCUGCCUUCUGGCAGUGAUGGCCUAUGACAGGUAUGUGGCCAUCUCCAGCCCACUGCUCCUCACUGCUGCCAUGUCCAAGAGGCUCUGCACAGGGCUGGAGACCACCUCCUACCUGAGCAGUUUUGCCAGCUCAACCCUCAUUACCAGCCACACAUUCACCCUCAACUUUUGUGACUCCAAUGCCCAGGCUCCAGGCUCUCACCAUACAGUCACAGCUAUUUCCAUCACAAGUGAUGCUGCUCCCUUCCCACAGCAAGAAGUGGUCCUUGGGGACCAACCAGCCUUCCAGGAGCCAUCAGCUUUAACAAGACCUUCUGGGGUUUAG